AUGAUUCUCAAAGCAGAAUUACAAGAGAACGAACGUCAAUUAACGAAUGGUGAGAUUGAUGAGAAUGCAUAUAAUAGAAGUAAACAGACGAUACUAAAAACAUGGAUAAAUAAGCCAACGAAAGCGGUGGAAACUGAACCUUCUAAUGCAGGCAGUAUGCCGAGUUUAUAUACUGUACUCCAGUUAAAGCCCAACGCGACUGAAACUGAGAUCAAAUCAAACUACAAGAAGCUCGCCUUGGAACACCAUCCUGAUAAGAAUGGUGGCAUUGAAACCGAAGAGUGGUACAAUAUCUCAAAGGCAUAUGAAAUCCUUUUGGAUGAGGAUAAACGUGCUCUUUAUAAUAAUUAUGGAACUAUUCAUGACUUAGGUAAAACAUCGUUAAAUGCCUUUGUAGGAGGAGACUCCUGGAUUCCUUAUAUUGGCAACCUUGAAAUUGGCCUUUGGCUUGCUUCCGUAAUGGAAGAUGGGAGAUCACCCGAACUGGAAAUGAUGAACUCACCCAAGCAAAAAGAACGUCGUGUAUCCCGAAUUGUCCGUCACCUGCAAGACAAGCUCCAACAAUUUCCAAAUGAGGACCAUGCAGAAUUUGAAUCAUUCAAAAAAAGCCUUUCUCAAGAAGCUCAAAAACUCUCUGCAGAACCUAACGGCCAGAACUUGCUAUCCCUUUUAGGGGAAAUUUACAUAACUAGGGCUGAAGCCCAUCUAUAUGGAUUUCCUAUGACAACUAUUUUGAAUGGAUAUAGUAGAGUCAUUAAUGGUUUUUCGUUUGCAUUGGGUUUAAUUUCUGGAUAUUAUAAGACAAAAGGAGGAUCUUCAGGAAUGGAUGAAAAAGAGACGAAUGAAGUCAUUUGGCAACUUGCAAAGUCAGAGAUUUCCUCCAUCGCCCAUGAAACCAGUGAUAAAGUCCUGAGUGAUAAGAGUUUCCUCGCUAAUCAUUUAUCUAUUUUGGGCGAAGUCUGGAAGGAAACGGGCGAACCAUCAAAAAAGAAAAACACUUCUUUUACUAGAAACUGCAUGUUUUUUAUCUUUAUGUUAAUCAAUUUACGAUUCAUACCAAAUAGAUUUAUUUUUUAA